AUGAUCGCGGAAGAUGGUGAUUUCACCUCUUCAUACGUCAAGGUGGAGGACAAUGGGCAAGGGACAGUGUGUGCGUACGCUUAUCCGGUCGGGUGGGUGGAAAAGAAGAAGGCGGAUGGGUUUGCGACGGCUGCCAACUACCAAACAGGAGAUAGCUUGAGUUUAAACAUGGGUACACCAAGCAAAGCCAAGACGAUAGGAGACGUGGGUGCGCUCGCCAUCGCAGCAGAAGCAACGCCGUCUGAAGGAGCUGCAAAGGUCCUGCAGGAAAAAGCUGUGACUAAAGGAGGGGUCAACUACACAUACUUGACCGUCAAGUACAACACUGUCACGAGAUCAGGCUACGAUGUGGAAAGAAUAUCAUACAUUGCGGCUACUGUGAAGCAGCGGAAGCUCUUCACUCUGGUCGCGACUGUCUCGAGCGAGCGACGCAACAAAAUGGACUUGAUUUUAAACGCCAUUCAAGCGUCAUUUCGAGUUGGAGAUGUGGGCGUGGUUGAGACUUCUUCGACUGACUUAAACACAAAAUAG